AUGAGUUUGUUUGUUGCUAGCUUGGAUAGUGCAUCUAGUAAAGAGGGUAGAGUUGAAAUGUUGAUCGAUGACAUGAACAUAUCCCGAUUGAUUGUCUAUGUGCAACAACUUGAAGAAGAGAAGCUGAGGGACAGAAAGGAGUACAAGAACGAGAAAUCCAAUAUUAGGAAUGAAUAUGAGUAUAAUGGCCAGAAUUUGGAGAACUUCACGGCUAGACCAACCCAAUUACAAGGUAGUGUGGCACAAGGAAGUAGUGGGAUCCUAAAUUUGGGUUCUGGAAAUCCAGGCAAUAGAGCUCCAUCUUCAUCAGCUGCAGCACCUAGAAAUGCUACUUUUGGCAGUGCGAAGGAGCAAAUUGCCUUUAUGCAAUCACUAGUCACCAAGAGCAAGAGAACUCGGCAGAUGUUUUCACGGAUUCCUGAUGAGCCAGUCAUAGAGUGGAGUAGUAGUUCAGCGUGCCUAAGGUCAGUUCCUAUAGUGAAAGAGUUUCAAGAAGUUUUUCCUGAUAAUCUACUCGGAGUCCCUCCUGAGAGAGAAAUAGACUUUGGCAUAAACUUCAUCCCAGAUACUCAUUCUAUCUAUAUUCUGCCAUAUAGAAUGACACCAUCAUAG